AUGGCAGCUACCGAGGAAACACCACUCGUUGAGCCAGUCAAGAAGGGCUACUUGCCGAAAGACAAAAUCGAAUGGGACUUUGGAGGCCCUAUUGGUGCCUUUGGCAUGAUGACCGGAUUCCCAUUGCUCAUGAUUUAUAUGUGGAUUUCAGCCCAAUUCUACAACGGAAAGCCGGCUUGGCCCGUGGAAGACCAAACUUGGUCCAGCUUUGCCGAGCAGUUGUGGAUUUACUUCAGAGACUACGGUAUUCCAUCUCCUACCGUGGUUGCUGUUUUUGUCACUUUUAUGGUUGUGCAAGCAAUCUUCUACUUGACUUUACCUGGCGUUUGGACUAAGGGCCAGCCUUUAACCCACUUGGGCGGUAAGCAGUUGCCAUAUUACUGUAACGCUGUGUCGGCCUUUUACUUGACCAACGUAAUCUUGUUGGGCUUGCACUUUGCUGGCUAUAAGAUGUACUUUAUCAUUGAGCACUUUGGCGAGGUGAUGGUAACAGCCAUCAUCAGUGGCCUCCUGUUAUCUGUGAUCUUGUAUGUGUACUGUCUUCUCGUAUCCAAGGAUUACCACCGUAUGACCGGAAACCACAUUUAUGACUGUUUCAUGGGUGCUCCUUUGAACCCAAGAAUCGGCAAGUACUUGGACCUUAAGAUGUUCUUCGAGGUCAGACUUCCAUGGUACACCUUGCACUUUUUGUCCUUGGCUACUGCCCUCAUGCAGCAUGACAAGUACGGCAAGGUCUCUCCUCAAGUUUGGUUUGUCGUCUACGCUCAUUUCUUGUAUGCCAACGCAUGUUCUAAGGGUGAGGAGCUUAUCGUCCCAACAUGGGACAUGGCCUACGAGAAGUUUGGCUUCAUGUUGCUUUUCUGGAAUAUCGCCGGUGUUCCUUACACAUACUGCCACUGCACUUUGUUCUUGGCCUAUCACGACCCAUCCGAGUACGCUUGGUCUCCAUGGUAUAACGCUUUGUUGUUCAUUGUGUUGACCAUUGCUUACUACUUCUUCGACACCGGAAACAGACAAAAGAACUCCUUCAGAAGAAUCAUGGCCGGUAACACCAACAUCAGAAAGACCUUCCCAUACUUGCCAUACAGUGAUCUCGUCAACCCAUCGUACAUUGAGUGCGAGAACGGUUCUUUGCUUUUGACGGAUGGAUGGUACAAGUACGCACGUAAGGCUCACUACACUGCCGACUGGAUCCAGUCUGUGACAUGGGGAGCCAUUUGUGGCUUUGCAUCGCCAUUUCCAUGGUUCUUCUGUGUUUUCUUCUUCAUUGUGUUGAUACACAGAAACGCCAGAGACCAGAGAAAGUGUGCUCGUAAGUACGGAAAGGACUGGGACCGUUAUCUCGAGGCCUGCCCAUACGUAUUCAUCCCAUACGUUUAUUAA